AUGAGAUAUGAGACAUCUUUGAUUCGUAUCGGUAAGCUGAAGGGUGUGCUCUGAUAGGCAGGCAAGACGCGACGUCAAGCUGCUGCCAGCGAAAUACCGGGCGAGCAGCGCGCCGACCUCAAGCUCAAGCUCAAGGCCUCAAGCCUCAAGCCUCGAGGGCUCGAGAGUCCACGACGUCGACGGUCAUCGAGUCUAAAGCAGUUAACUCUAUGUGUGCUCUUGCUCAAAUCAAAGGGAUCCACCUGCUACCCAGUGCGUUCAUCGGAAAAUAUAGACCAACAAUCGACCGCAUUGAUAAAUUGUCCGAGUGCAGUGGAAGCGCUUCUAAUUUGGCUUCGAUUCGCCCUCUUUCGCCCUGA